AUCUUUAAUUCUCUCAAAAGUUUCCAUCAAAAGUCUCAAUCAUCAAAAUCUUAUAAACAUUUUUCUCCAUUAUUGGUGUUCAUUGAUAUUCGUAUAAUAACGGGUUUUUUCCAUUAAUUCCAGCUAUAAUUUCAACAUUAUAUUGUCACAAAAAAAAAAAAACAAAUUCCAGAAAUCUUUCAUAAAUCAUUGAUUUGAUACCCUUUUAUAUAGCACACUUUCAUAUCCAUGUUGCACACUAGGUUUGUGCAACCAUCAAAUAUUGCGUUGCACCAUCAAGCUAAUAAGCAUAUUACAAGGACACGUGACACGACACGGACAAACAUACCUCUGACACAGACACGAUAGAGACGGACACGAUAGAGACGCAGUAGGAUGAUUGGUAUAGGGGGUAAUUAGUGUUAGAUGGGAAACAACUGUGUCGGAACGAGAACCUUUUUUUCAAAGGAUGAAUCAUCAUCACGUGCAACUUUUCCAAGUCCAUCUUGCUGGUCACGUUCCAAGAAAGAUAGUGCACACAAAACAAGUCCAACAAAACCAAAAGAAUCUGUUCAAAACAAUCCUCCACCGGUAAUGAAAAUCGAAAAGGAAGAUGAAAAGCCGCCACCACAGCAACAUCAUCAUCAAAAACCGCGACAAAAACCACAAACUAAUGAAGCUGUUGUUGCUACACCUGCAAAACCAAAGAGACCUCACAAUGUGAAGAGACUAGCAAGUGCAGGGCUAAAAGCAGAUUCAGUUUUACAGCGAAAAACGGUUAGUCUUAAGGAGUUUUAUACUUUAGGACCAAAGCUAGGACAAGGGCAAUUUGGAACUACAUUCCUUUGUGUGGAGAAAUCUACUGGGAAAGAGUAUGCAUGCAAGUCAAUCAUGAAGAGGAAGUUGUUGACUGAAGAGGAUGUGGAAGAUGUGAGGAGAGAGAUUCAGAUUAUGCAUCACUUGGCUGGCAGUUCGAAUGUGAUUUCGAUUAAGGAAGCUUCUGAGGAUGCUGUUGCUGUUCAUGUUGUUAUGGAGUUGUGUGCAGGUGGUGAACUUUUUGAUAGGAUUGUGGAAAGAGGGCAUUAUACAGAAAGAAAGGCGGCGAAACUUGCAAGGACUAUUGUUGGUGUUAUUCAGUCAUGUCAUUCUCUUGGUGUAAUGCAUCGCGAUCUUAAGCCGGAGAAUUUUCUUUUUGUUAAUCAGCAGGAAGAAUCUCCCCUUAAGGCAAUCGACUUUGGAUUAUCUUGUUUUUUCAAACCAGGUGACAUUUUCAAUGAUGUAGUAGGAAGUCCAUAUUAUGUUGCACCUGAAGUUUUACGCAAACGAUAUGGUCCAGAAGCGGAUGUGUGGAGUGCCGGUGUCAUCUUGUACAUUCUCUUAUGCGGUGUGCCUCCAUUUUGGGGUGAAUCGGAACAAGAUAUAUUUGAGGCCAUUUUGAAUAGCGAUCUUGAUUUCUCAUCGGAUCCAUGGCCUAGUAUCUCUGAAAGUGCAAAAGACUUGGUUAAGAAGAUGCUUGUCAGAGACCCUAGUAAGCGGUUAACAGCUUUUGACGUUCUUCGUCAUCCAUGGAUCCUAAUUGAUGGAGCAGCACCAGACAAGCCUCUAGAUUCUGCAGUUUUGAGUCGCAUGAAGCAGUUUACUGCAAUGAACAAGCUCAAGAAAAUGGCACUUAGAGUUAUUGCAGAGAAUCUAUCUGAAGAAGAAAUUGCUGGAUUGAAAGAAAUGUUUAAGAUGAUCGACACAGAUAAUAGUGGUCAUAUUACCUUUGAAGAACUCAAGGUUGGACUGAAAAGAUUUGGUGCCAAUCUAAAAGAAUCAGAAAUUUACGAUCUAAUGAAAGCUGCAGAUGUUGAUAACAGUGGCACGAUCGACUAUGGAGAAUUCAUAGCUGCAACAUUACACUUAAACAAAGUUGAUAGGGAAGAUCAUUUACAUGCAGCAUUCUCAUAUUUUGAUAAAGAUGGAAGUGGAUACAUCACAAAAGAUGAGCUUCAAAAAGCUUGUGAAGAAUUUGGCUUUAGAGAUGUCCCCUUGGAGGAAAUGAUCCGAGAAGUUGAUCAGAAUAAUGAUGGAAGAAUAGAUUACAAUGAAUUUGUUGCUAUGAUGCAUAGAGGGAAUGCAGAAAUGGGUAAGAGGGGUCGAAAAGGUAGCAGUAGUUUUAGCAUUGGAUUUAGGGAGGCACUACCAGUAUGUUAAUGUAAGAAAAAUUUACGACAGUAGUGAAUGAGUUUCUUUUAGUUUUUGUAAUAUAGCAUUUUCUCCAUGGUGUAUUCAAUUGAACAUAGUUUCUCGAGAAAGAUGUCUCUUAUUUCUUAAAACAAUUCAAUUGAAGUUUGCAUGAAGUAGCGAUCAAAUGAUGGCCCUAUUUGGAUAAA